GGAUGUAUUUUGUGAAUGUCCCUUCAGGUCUUCACGUGUCCUAAAAUAAACUCUGUUUUCCUCUUUUUUAAAGACGCAGUGACCGAGGACGGCGAGAUCCUGGUUUACUUCCCCACAGCUUCUCUGGAGGGUUUCAGACCUCCUGAAGAGUGGACGCAGGCCGUGGAAAAAACCCACAGAGAGAAGCAGCAGCAGCAGGAGAGGGACGGAGCGACUCAGGCUCCCUGCGCGCCGCCUCCUGCUCCGUCUCCCAGACAGAGGUUGUUCCAGAGCUCGGUGGAGGCCCCCGGGGCCCCGAGGCCCCGUCUGGACGUCACUCACAGCCCCUCAGCAGAGGAGCUGCUGGCCCACAAGGUCCUGCAGAGCUUGGAGGAAGAACAGGCUGAGAGCAAGAGGAGCUUGGAGCAGCUGAGGCGCUGGCUGGACGGCGACCCGUUGGACCAUCUGUCCACUCCGCUCUUCAUGCCGUCCUCCACCCUGCUGUCCUCACCGACCACCAUGAAGGUUGCUCCUUCAGGCCGGACCGAAGACGCUGCUGCAGCCACGCAGAGGCCUGAGCUGGAUCAGCGUGUGGACGGGCCUUCCUGGUCCAAAGCGCCUCCGGUACCGCUGGCUCGGAGGCUGCAGGACCUGGAGCGUCAGAUCCUGGCGAGCAGAGAGGAGGAGCUGGCCUGCAGGCUGAAGCUGAGCGGGCUGCUGAGCAUCGUGGACGACUGAAGAGGUUCUAGAUGGACCGCUUGCUUCUGGGCUCCAUCAUGGCUUUAGUUUUUAUCAUCAGCUGAAAUAAAAUCAGCAUUUUUAGGAAUAUGGGCUUAAAUGUUUUGUUUGGGUUUGUUCCUUUUUAGAGUCGUUACAGUCGGGUUUGUUUCUUUUAUUGGACUCAGAUGUUAAAUUAAUGUGUUGAAGUCCUUUUAUUUUCCACUGGGCUCAGAUAUUAAAGAGAUAUUUUCAUGUUAAACUUCA